AUGGCAAUGGCAGCUUCGCUCUCUUACCAUGAGCCGUCCAUUACGGCCAUUUCCAUUCUCUCUGGAUUCUUACUACUGUUGAAUUUGGUCAAUUUUGGUCUGGACAAGAUCGCGUACUGCGGCCUCAUUGGCCAGGUUGCACUUGGCAUUGCUUGGGGCACUCCUGGGGCAAAAUGGCUCACGCCAGAAGUUGAAGAUGCCGUGAUGCAGCUGGGCUAUCUCGGCCUGAUUCUCAUUGUAUAUGAAGGUGGUCUCGCCACUUCGUUCAAAUCCUUGAAGGCCAACGUCGGUCUCUCCUCUUGCGUGGCUGUUACGGGCAUCGUUCUACCCAUCGGCCUAUCCUUCGCAGUCAAGUCCAUGCUCAAUGCAUCCCAAUUGCAAGCCUUUGCCGCAGGCGCAGCUCUUUGCUCGACCAGUCUGGGCACAACCUUCACUAUCUUGGGUACAAGUGGCCUCUCCGCUACUCGCCUUGGCGUCGUCCUCACAAGCGCUGCCAUGAUGGAUGACGUAGUCGGCCUCAUCAUGGUCCAAGUUAUUUCGAAUCUCGGCGAAGGCGAUUUCGAUGCUGUCACCGUUGUCCGUCCAGUUAUGGUAUCCAUGGCUUUUGCAUCUGUCGUCCCGGUCCUCUGCAAAUUUGUUGUUGCGCCUUUGACCCAAAAGCUCAACGCGUUACGCGAGGCUCACCCAACUGGAAACAUCUCUCGAAUCUUCUUGUUGAGACAAACCGCCUUUGCCAUUCACACCGCCUUUCUUCUGGGCCUCGUGAUAGGCGCGACCUUUGCUGGUACGUCGAGUCUUCUGGCAGCUUAUAUCGCUGGUGCAGCCAUCAGCUGGUGGGAUUCCGAGGUCCCCCAUGUUCCAAGCCGACCUGCCACUUCUGAGAGCGACACAUUUCGAGGUGAGAGAACAGAGAGCACGAGGAGCACGUCUACAGACCCAGCACCCACCGCACCUGAGGAGGAACCUGGGGUACCGCUAGCCAUGGAGGGCGGCUCGGGAAUGGAGACUUAUGAGUGCUACUACGAAUCUUCCGUUCAACGUAUUCUGAAGCCAUUUUUCUUUGCAUCUAUUGGGUUCUCCGUCCCCAUCACCAAGAUGUUUUCUGGCCCAAUUACUUGGCGUGGAAUCAUUUACACCAUUCUCAUGACAGUUGGCAAGCUGGCAUGCGGAAUCUGGCUUGUCUCCUUUGCAAAUCCCCUUCGCCCCAUUAAGCACUUCGUCCGGAGAUUUUUGUAUCUCUGCAAGUGUGCGGAUUCCGAUUCCUCCGCAGUGUCUCAGGCCAAGGCAAAGCCCACAGCCGAGCGUGGCGCAGUGCUUCUGCAGUCACUGACCGACACAGCCCCUCGCCCCGUCUCACCUGAGAUCCGCAACUCUACACCCAAGCCAGAGAAAGCCUUAUCUAUCUAUCCGGCAUGCAUUAUUGGUCUGGGAAUGGUCGCUCGCGGCGAGAUCGGGUUUCUGAUCGCCGCCUUGGCCGAGAGUAAGGGGGUUUUCGGACGUCCGCCAAACGGCCAGCCUUCAGAGCUGUUUCUCAUUGUCACUUGGGCGAUCUCCCUCUGCACCGUCAUAGGGCCUAUUUGUGUUGGACUGUUGGUGAACCGAGUCAACCAACUCGAGAUGAGAAGCCAACAGCGAAGGGGUGGAGGAGAGCGGAACGUUCUCGGGGCUUGGGGCGUCAGGUAG